AUGGUUUUAUUUCGAGAUGGAAUCCAAGCAUUAACCAAAAGAUACGAUAUGUGUCUUGUUGGGUCAGACGGAGUUGGUAAAUCCACCCUUAUAGUUCAUUACAUUUAUGACAGAUUUAUUCCAGAUAUUGAAGAUUUAGAUGCAUUAUAUACCAAACGAGUGGUGACACCAGAUACAGGGGGAAGUUUUCAAGAGAUAUCAAUAUUUGAAAGUGAUUAUAAUAAAGAUUUAUACAGUGAAAGUCGAGAGAUGCAUAUUCUUAAUGCCAAUACAUUAAUUCUAGUAUAUUCCAUUGCAAAUUUAAAAUCUUUUAUUGAUUUAGAAGAUUAUUAUUCAGGAAUUAUACAAUUAAGAGGUCCUCAUGAUAUCCCUCCAAUAUGUCUUAUAGGUACAAAAUUUGAUUUGGAAUCCAGUAGUCGAGAGGUAUCAUAUUAUGAUGGAGCUGAUUUUGCUAAGAAAAUAAAUGCUGUUGCAUUUCAUGAAUGUUCAUCUAAAGAAUCUUUUGCUAUUAAAGAUUCAUUUGAAAAAAUUACUGAUUUAGCUGUUAAAAUAAGAUUAGAUCUUGAUAAGAAAGAAAGAGUAACAACUUCAAUUACUGGUGAUGAUGAAUUAGAAUUACCAAAAUCAAAUGUUUUAUCAUUAUAUAAAACGUAUGAUUCGGUGAAUUCAGAUUUCCCACUGCCAGGUGUAGCACAUGAUAUUAUAGAUGAUAAAAUAGAUCCAAUAGAUGAUCUUCAUCAUGACAAACAAGAACUACAAGAAAAACAAAUUAAUCAAACAAAGAAACCACAACAACUGCUAGAUCAAGAUCAAUCUCCAAAUGAUUGCCCAUUACCAAGAUCAUCACAUUCUAAACUGUCAUCUACAACAUCAACUACCAAAAAAAUAAGGAAUCCAAUUCAUGUAAUGAGAUCAAAAUCUAUAGAACGAGAUUCAUCGUCAUUGAAAGCAUCAUCUAAAAAACAUGGAUGUUGUGUCAUAACUUGA